AUGUCAGUGCAAGGCGGUAUUGAUGGACAGUGUAUCAGUGAGCACAGUGUCCGUGACAUCGAUGAAGACAUAUCAUCGCCAUGCAAGAAGCCUUUCGACUCUGCUCGAACGGCUGUGCAUGCUGCUGCUGAGCAGAAGCCGAACGUAUCUGGAGAGCAGCAGCAUCAACCGACUCGAUUGCCUGUUUUCGAGGAAUUAAAAACCGCAAAGAGUGGUACGGAGCCUAUGCCUCCAGAAAUUAUUGAUCUUGUACCAUUAAAUGCGCGAUCGAGUCCACAGAAGCGCAAACCGCCGAUACCAUUGCGAAAACUACCUGUCUGUAAAAUCGAUGGUGCUUUGCCGAUUUCCUCGGUGCUCAAUUAUUCGCAGGAAGAACUGAGGGCUGGCGGACCGCUGGUGCUGCCACGAGGACUCACUGUCACUGAUGUAUAG